CAUACUCUACCUGGGCACCUGCACUUCUCCGUCCCACGUCUUCCAUACUCGAGUAGUACCUGGGUACUAUACUUCUCCUCCCCUCCUCCCCUCCUCCCCCAGCUUGACAGCCAUGGAUAUCACCAACUUUGUUGUGUCGGGGCGCGACAAUGCGAAGCUCUACGGGGACUAUGCCUCCUAUCGAAAACAGCUGUCAAAUCGAAUCCACAAUCUGCGUAAAAAACUUGGGCUCGCAACCAAACCCCGCGCCAAAUAUACCAGUAAAGCUCCGGUGACCACACAAGACAUUGCAGGCAACCAAGAGUAUGUACAUACCAAUCGACUCUGUGAUCUUUCUGGCUUAGAGACGCUAAUUGUUUUUCUGGAGAUAUGUCCACCUCAUCCUUCUCACUGCCGAGCGAGCGUGGGCGAACGCGAUGUCGAUGCGUGAAAUACACUCCACCGAGACCAAAGGCAUCACCGGCUCUACCCGAUCGCACAUUAUAUCCCGUCUACAUAAAGCCUCCACUCACGCAAAAAUACUCUUUGAUAUUCUCUUGGAUCAAGAAACAACCAAGGCAACGGACCGAGAUGUACUCGAAGCAAGGGCGUAUGUUGCUUCGCUUGUUGGGGCCACGGAAUUUGAAAAGCAAGGCUGGGAGGCAUGUCUACGAAGUUAUUCGGAGGCCAGAAUCAUUUAUUCUGCAUUGUCAACAGCCACCAAGUCGGAAAUCUUCAAGGAUCUUCUCUCAAAUCCGAUUGACGUCAGCAUACGAUAUGGAGCAUACCAGAUGAGAAUGCCACGGACGGUUGCAGUUCCAUCUAUAGCUCGGAAAUUCUUCCCCACCGAAAAUGCGAAACUAUUGGCUCAGGUCGAGAAAUUGGAUCCAGAUGUAUUGAAAGAGCAUGCUACCAAAUCUCAAGCCGAAGAUACAGAGAGUGAAAUGGUUCCCAAGACAAUUACUUGGAGAUCUAGAACUGUCAAUCUCGAAGAUGCCGCUAUUUCCACUGCUUUGAUAUCAGUGAAGACUGCAGUAGAGAAGUUGUCGGAAACCUUAGCAUCUGCAAGUGCUGCGCAAGCCAAGGACAAGGCCGCUGCUUAUGAUGACGUUCUUAUUUUCAGCCAAGAUGCUGUUGAUGCUACUAAACAUGCAAUAGAUGAGUUAGUGGGAGAAGGGGUAGGACAAGGUGACAAACGUAUGCAAAGUCUGCAAAUCACAAGAACGGCGGUCAGUUAUGACAUGGUAAGUUGGCGGAUAGGUAGAAACCGGGUACUGGUUGGUGGGCAAGAUGGUGCAGAUAACUCUCCUGGGGCUCAUAAGUCUGGAAAGGAAGAAGGAACCGGCAAGAGACUGGCUCGUUACCGAGAGAGAGCUGUGCUCUACGAUGGUAUUCUUCAAAGCUUGGAUUCAAUAAAGGCAUUGCCAGGUGUUGCUGCGGAUGGAGGGUUCACAGAGGAGAUCGAAGCAAAAGCUAAUUACUUUUCUGCGCUAAAGUAGGCCUACCACAGGCUAUCCAUUUCAAAGUUUCACACUAAUUUGGUUCCAGGUGCCUGAAUAUUGCUCGUUCUCAUGCCUUGCUUUCAAAUCUCCGCAACGCCCUUGCUUUGGUUGCACGGGCUUCAGAAAAAGCCAACCUGGCACAAGAGCACAUCUCUUCAUCUAUGGAUAUUUCGUCAGAUUCACCACCAAACAUCUCUGUAUCUGCGUCAGAAGCCCAGUUUCUUGACAAUCUUUUGAAGGGUGAAGUCCAGCGUUAUCGGGGACUCGUUGAACUUUCUAAUGUCACUGGAACAGACGACAAAACAAAGGACAACUCAUACGCCCAACCACUUGUUGAACGCCUUCAUGAGUAUCCUUCCAAGGGGAUUGACCUUUCCAACCUGGUCACUUAUCCUCCCAAACUUGAACCUGUGCCCGUUAAACCAUUGUUCUUCGAUGCAGCCUGGAACUAUAUAGACUAUCCUGGUAGAGAAGUUGAGAAAGCUCCAGUGAGUGGAACUCAAGCGGCUUCCCCAGUUGGUGCUGGUGCAGAAGAAACAACGCAGCAAAAGAAGGGUUGGUUUGGGUUUGGUAGAUAGGAGUUGAGCUACAAUACCAGGCAGAGAAAACCCCAAACCUAUGACUCUGGAUC